UGCCCCUCCCCGUUUCCCCACUCCCCCUCCUUCCCCAGCGAGCCUUCUUCCACUCCACUUCCUCGGUUUCCUCCGGGCGAGCCUCCAAAAUCCAAGGUCGGGCUAGGGUUUUUGCGCAGCGCGCGCCAAUUCCUGCGAUUUCCAGGGUUCUAGUUCUACCCCCGCCGGCAGUUCCAGCUUCGCAUCUCGGUGGGAGUAUAACUGCUCGAGCAAGCAAGCGCGAUCCAGCGACGCCGCCGGACCGUCCGAGGAAAUGCAGGCUCCGCGGGCUCCAGUCCUCGUGCAAAACGAGAACUUGCCCAUCUUCCGAGGCGUUGAUGGGAAGAAGGCCGGGGUGGCGCGCGGGCCUGCCGCGAGGGCGGGGCGGAGAGCCCUGGGAGACCUCGGCAGAGCCGGCAAAGCUCCGCCGGCCGGCGCCGCCGGGAAGGCCGCCGCCGCAGCAGCAGCAGUGAGCGUGCAGGGGUUGAAGGGCGUUGCGAAACCGAGCUCUCUGAGCGACGGGGACUGGGUGAAAUGCUGCGAGUGGGCUAAGGGUGGCAUUGAGACUGCGAGUUUCACCGGGAAUGAUAUGCAGAGACUGAUGGCCGAUGAGCAAGAAGAGCGCAUACGAAAGAAGGUGGAGAAGGCAAUGGCCACUUUGCAAGUCUCCAUGAACAGUAUUUAUGACAUCAAUGUACCAUCGAAGAUAUCCCUGGACGAUCCAGAUGAUGAAACAACAUUGGAGCUUGAUCCUGAGUUCCUUCCUCCAACGGCGUACUUAAGCUCAAGACUAGGUGAGCAUGAUGGCAACUAUCUCCUUUCUGAUUUGGAAUUUGAGCAUGACCCUUUUUCUGGUUGCAAUUUUGACCUGAAGCUCAAGGAUGACUACUGAAAUGAUAGUUUGUCUAGAUCAACAGUAUUACUCUGUUGAGGUUUCAUCGUUCAGUGACUCAGUGUACUGGUUAUAUUGUCCAACUGUUGUAGUACAGUACAUCUAGUUAUACUGCAAGGUAUCUGUUGUUGGUAUGCCUUAUCUUAUGUUGUCCAGAUUAGGCAGCCAUCAUACUUGCAAUCCGUAUGUGCCCCGUGUUGUUAGGCUGUCCUGGUUGUAUUAUGAUGUAACGCUAAUGGUAAAUUAAUAAUUGUUAUCACUUCCUAUUUA